UGCUGAAAGGUGUAUGCACGCUCCGUGACUUGGCCACUCCACGGUGUGUUGAUCUGUGAAGGGCUAUCAGAGCAGGCAGGCUGUCCCCUCAGCCUGUGGGAGCAGCUGGAUGUGAGGCUGUUGUGCAUCAGUCCAGGACUCUGUGCAGGGAGGAUCUCCACAUGUGAGCCCCAGCUGGAUCCUCCUGGGCUUCCCUGCAGUCCACACUUCAGGUGCAUCCCGACUACAAGGGGCUGUUUUUGCCACAUAUCCUGCUCCAUCAUCAUAUGCAUAAGGCUGCAACCAGACUCAUGACAGACAAAGUCUCACAGCAUGAUAACACCACUUCACACUCCACAAUCUCCAGUGGGCAGACAGUGAGGACCAGUCGCCACUAUGCGAUAUGUGUAAGGAGGCAGUGGUGCUGUUGUGGCCCCAGGCGGGAUGCUGCUGACGGCCGGUCAGUAUGACUCUGCUGGACUUGUGGCUGUCACGCUCCAUCCCCAUGUGCCUGCUCCUUCAGAGCCUUGUCCUCAUGGCCCUGUGCUUCCCCUCGGCCAGCAUGUGUCCAAAGGGCUGCAUGUGCCAACGCGACUCCCACCUCCACGGCCUCAACGUUACCUGCAGCCAGUCCCGACUCAAAGAGAUCCCGCCCAGUCUCCCGGUGGACACCGUCCUGCUAAGGCUCGACCACAACCAGAUCGGCGCGGUGCCGGAUCAGGCCUUCACCGGACUCAGGCUCUUGAGGGAGCUCAACCUGUCUUACAAUGCGGUGGAGACUUUGGGCGAAGGUGCUUUCAGUGGCAUCGAGGCUACGUUACAGGUGCUGGACCUCUCACACAAUCGCAUCACUAGCGUACACAAGGAUGCCUUUGCUCGGCUUAAGGCCCGCGUCAUCGUGGAUGAUAACCCCUGGCAUUGUGACUGCGCCCUACAGCAGGCGAUCGGUGGAAUGGCCCACAACCACGAGGCCGCUGCUCGGGUUCUCUGCAGGAGUUCAGAGCUUCGUGACCAGGAAGGACGACCUUUCUUGGCCGUGGACACUGACCUCUGUAACCUGGCCAAAAGGACAACAGACUAUGCUAUGUUGGUAACCAUGUUCGGUUGGUUUGCCAUGGUAAUUUCAUAUGUAGUGUACUAUGUUCGUCAGAACCAGGAGGACGCCAGACGUCACCUGGAGUACCUCAAGUCUCUCCCGAGUAAGCCCAAGAAACCUGACGAGGCUGACGACAUAAGCACUGUUGUCUGACACCAGUGUCCACCUGACUGUGUCCGGAGCAAACCCAACGAACACCAAAAUGUUUAUGUAACAGGACCCACAUUUAUAGAGUUUCCUAUUUCAAACUUUUAGGUGAUGUGAGCACCAAACUGCUGAGAUAUCUUUGUAUUUUAAAAAGUUUGUCCUAUGUCCUUACCAGGGAUGGUUUAUGAUUGAAUCUGCGAUGGGAAAAGAAAGGAGGCCGCAAAGUCUAAUAAUCAAAUACAUUAACAACAUAGACUUUUCUACAGAAAACACAAAUGAGUUUUGAAAAUCUGAAUCUCAGGUUUAAAUACUGACAUGAAAAUUACUUUUUUUUUUGGACAAAAAUUUGGAAUUUCUCAUUUAAAAAAAUUUGUUUAUAAGACCUUAUACUCCAUUCCCCUCAUUUUGGUGUCUCACAGAUCACAGAAAGUUUACAUAGAGUUUUGCAACCACUUGCCAAACUAAUUCCAUCUAACAAAGCCCUGAAAAUCAUAACUACAGCAUCUGCAGUGAUCAGUUACAUAUACAUUUCUGCACAGCAGUUUAGUGUUCCAUGGCCUGCCUUUUCUACAAUCUAAUAUAGACUCUUACCUUCUAGAUCUUUGCUAUAUGGUAGAUUAUAUAAACAGGGCAUAAAGUAAUCUCAUUUCUCUGCUUGCCUUGAGUUACAUUGGCCUGUUUGAUACAAACAAAUCAUAACUCAAAUCAAAUUUGACUCUCCACCAGUAAACAUGUAGUAAAUCCUCUAACAUACUGAAUACAGAUGUACAGAAUACAGAAGACAGUUUCUGUCAGGAAAAGAAAAAUACAUGAAGAGCCACUAUUAUUAUGAUUAUUAUUAUUAUUAUUUAAAAAACAGGUGGACCAUCAUCAUCUAAUAAAAUGAUUCUACUCUGUCACAUUAUACAAUGCUAUUUAAGAAUUCUGAGAUGAUAAAUAAACCUUUACACUUUUAGGACUAUUAGUGAAUAGUUUAGGACUCAGACGUAGUGUUAGAACUACAGUUCUGAGAUGAUGACAAGAUUGAUGGAAAAAUAAUAAAUGCAGCAUUUAGAAUUACAUGAUUUUUGAGUCGUUUAUAUUUUAUUUUUCUUUACUUUUCAUGUUUUACUUUCCUGACAGUAAUGGGCUUCCACUGCAUCAUAUUCAGGUCAUUCUAUUUUACACAUACAUUUAAAGAUUGUCUUCAUUUGAUGGUUUUACAAAAUCAGAAAUAACUGAAGUGGAUAUUACUGUGUAAAUUAUGUGUAGGAAAAUUAAAGGUCUAUUUAUAUAAAAAUGAUUAUUGCAAUGAUCAACUUUUAAUGAACAUUUUAGAUAUCACUGAACUGAAGUUUAUCAAACAUAGAAUAUUUGAUGCCGUUGCUGUUUUAGACAAGCCUUAGUGUCCUUACUAGGUUGCAUGUUUAAUCUAUGCCUGUUUUUACUCUUAAUUUAAAACAUGAAGUCUAUAAAAUAUGCUCCUGCAGAGAUCAUAAACCAAUAUGUCAAAAGGGAAAUUGAGCUUUACGUGUAAUUUUGACUUUAGUUGAAGGUGCUAUGUGUAGCAAUUUAUGGUCAGUUUAUAAUCAGUAUGAAAAACUAUGUCUUCAGUCAUUGUCUAUGGAUCUAAAAGCCUUCCAUAUCACAGCAUUCACACUUUCAACAUGGGUUCACAGUAGAGACAUAUAUUUUCAGUCAUAUUAACAGUCUUAAAGGGAGUUAUUUGUAGUUUUAAAGUUAAAAAAUGGACUAAAUUAAUAGCUAGAAACAGUAGAGGGCGCUAAUAUACUACUGCUUCCAUGAAACUAAAGCUAAUGCUAAAUGCUCUUACUGAUAAAAAAAAAAAAAAAUUGAAGCUUAUUGUUUAUAGGAACCUGAAGUUUACUCCUAAAAAACUUAGCCAGUCAAAAUAACACUGUUGUACUCUAAUCCUUCCAUGCUGCGUCAGCCUAUAGUUUACAUUAUAUAUCAUUUAGCUCAGUUUUUAGCAAGAACAGACGCAGUAAAACCACAAAUUGUAACGGUUUUGUAUGUUUUGUUUUUUUUUUGUGUGUGUGUGUGAGCGUUUUUUUCUGUACAGUGUUGUCAUUAGUUGCUUUAUAGAUCUGUGUUGAAUCUUCUACAAAAUAUAAAACUGCCACAGUUUGGCUUGAACCGAGUAUCGUAAAGGUUCAGCAAACAUAAUUACACUGUCAGUAACUUUGUACCAUUAUAAGCUACAUUAUCGACUUACCAGUGUAGAAAGACACAUUGCGUGUUCCACAUUAAACUUCAACACUGACUCCAUUUAACUUUUAUUUUGUCACUUUAAAUGCAACAGAAAACAAAAGGAAGUGAUAAAAUUAGAACUAAAAUGAGAGUCAGUGUUGAAAAGUGUUGCAUUUACACUGGGGAUGCACCGAUACCGAUACCAGUAUCAGGUAUCGGUCCGAUACUGAGUGCGUGUACCAAUACUCGUACUUGUAAAAGUGCUCCGAUACAAACACACUGAUACCACUUAACGGCAGCAUGAUGUUCACCACAUUGUGCAGCAGGUACGAGGCCGAGGAGUAAAGUCAGCAGUGUGGAGAUUUUUAAAAUAAACAACAGUGACAAAAGUAACAGUGACUGAAAGUUACGCUAAAGACACAAACGGAUAUGGACGGAGCGUUCUCUCCGUCCUCUGACUACAUUCCGUAAGUAAUACUGUCUGUUUUCUGGGAGCCUGUAGAUGUGUACUCAGAGCCAUAUAAAGAUCAUCAAAUUAUCUUAUAUAUAAGGCUCUGUGUGUACCCAGAUGGAGAAGCAGUACCACCAGGAACUGUGGAGGUAGUGGAUCUGUUCAAAGAGUGACUGUGUGAGUUAGAGAAA